AGAGAGGGAGAGAGGGAGAGAGAGAGAGAGAGAGAGAGAGAGAGAGAGAGAACUCUGUCUGGCGGAUACGAAGGAGAACCUCGUCAAUGGUCGUCGUUCACGAGCGAGCCGUCGCAAGUAGAGUAGAAAGAGUAGAAAGGUUCUCGCGUAUCCCGCGGCACGUUCUGCUGCUUCGACAUCGGACAUCACGAAGGUUCAGAACGGUCGGAAUCGCGCGACGUCCUCGUCAUCGCCGUCGUCGUGGUCGGCCAUAGCCGGAUGCUGGAGGACAUCGGGAAAGGAGCGAAAAUCGAGUCGCCGGCGAGAGGGCGAUCUCGCGAAGACGCGGGCCUCCAUUCUCCGGCUGUUACUCCAAUUGAACCCCGUGGACAGGCAGACGGACGUCCCGCUGCGACCGGGAACGGGAAAGCGCUCAUUGACGCUCGCGGCCGCCGUUCUCGAUCCGACUGAUAUGAGCGUGAAAACGCCGCGCGACGGCGACGAGAGACUGAGGAACGGCCGUGAGGCGUGACAGGAAGGCCGAUCGAGCGAUGAUCAGCGCGGCGACCAGGACGGAGGUUUAGGGAGAGCACCCGGGAGAAUCCGCGGGGUUCCCUCGCGGCUCAGGAAAGGUAACGAGUACUGCCGGAACACGCGGACGCCGUCGAGGUAUCGCAGGUCGCGCGUAUUGUGGUCGAUCGCGAAACAAGCACGAGCGCGCGCGAGAGAGAGAGAGAGAGAGAGAGAGAGAGAGAGGGAGGAGGAGUGAGGGAGAAAGAGAAAGAGAGAGAGAGAGAGAGAGAGAGAGAGAGAGGACAGAGGAAGAAAGAGGUCUGUGAGAAAACUUCCGCAAGCGUCGAGGACGGGAAGCCACCGACCGAUCGGGACGAUCCCACGGCGAGCAGGAGGCCGAGGUUCGACAUCGCGGAGAGCCUCGUAGAAUGUCACGGGAUCCUUACGCGAGCGGCAGUGGCGUGGUCGGUCCCGGUGGUGGCACUCGCUCGCCACGCAGCGGUCGUCGCGUGGGCGAAUUGCCGACCGUCGACCGCAGCCCGUCGAGGAGUUACGCGAGCGGUCGUGGCAGUCCGUUAGGUCGUAAGCAACGAGGCACCCGCAGCGGCAACAACUCGCCGGAGCACCUCGGCUACGGCAGCUACCAUCACCAUCAGCUGGGCAGCCCGUACUACUCCCGCGACGAGGACCUCGGCAGUCCCGUGAUGCUCGAGGAGAGGGGCAGGAGUAUGUCGACCGGGGGCGGUGGGGGCGGACAUCACCGAUCCAGAAGCGCCUCGAGACCCGCCAUGUCCAACUCGGCGGGCAUGGUAGCGCGUUACACCAGCCUCGACCGUGCUUCCGCCGGCAAUCUCGACCAUGAUCGGGAAUUCGUGCCGAUCCGCGAGCCCCGCGAGCGUAGCCGCGAUCGCAGUCUCUACCUCGAGGAAGAGCUCUACAGCUCGAGGUCGGCGCGCCAGAGCCCGAAUCCGCACAUGCUGCGCGAAAGCGGUGGCUACAUCGGCGAGCUGCAGCACCAGAACAACGAUCUGCAGCGGGAGCUCGGCAACUUGAAGAAGGAGCUCGAGCUGACGAACCAGAAGCUCGGCAGCUCGAUGCACAGCAUCAAGACCUUCUGGAGCCCGGAGCUGAAGAAGGAGCGGGCGCUGCGCAAGGAGGAGAGCACCAAGUACAGCCUGAUCAACGAGCAGCUCAAACUACUCAACACGGAGAAUCAGAAACAAAGCAUAAUGGUGCGCCAACUGGAAGAGGAGCUCAGAAUGAGGAUGCGCGGGCCGAGCGUCGAGAUACAGCAGCAAAUGGAAGUUUUGUAUAAUGAGAACGAGCAUCUGACUCGCGAGAUCGCCAUACUUCGUGACACGAUAAAGGAGCUGGAAUUAAGAAUAGAGACGCAAAAGCAGACGCUGCAGGCUCGCGACGAGAGCAUCAAGAAGCUCCUCGAGAUGCUCCAGAACAAGGGGAUGGGAAAAGAGGAGGAAAGGAUCAUGUUCCAGCAGAUGCAGUCGAUGGCCCAGAAGCAGGUCGACUACUCGCGGAUGAGACGACUGUAUAGUACAUACCAAACGCAAAAAUCUCAACAUGCGAGUCGCACAUUGCUGGACGAGCUCCGGACGGAAGUACAGCGAAGGGACCAGGAGCUGCUGGCGAUGUCGGCGAAGAUGAAGACGCUCGAGGAGCAGCACCAGGAUUACCAGAGGCACAUCGCCGUGCUCAAGGAAUCCCUCUGCGCCAAGGAGGAACAUUACAAUAUGCUGCAGGCUGAUGUCGAGGAAAUGCGGCAGCGGCUCGAGGAGAAGAACCGGAUGAUCGAGAAGAAGACGCAGGCGGCGAUGCAGGCGCAACAGGAGCGCAAUCGCAUGAACACCGAGCUGACCGAGCUGAAGGAUCACAUGGACAUCAAGGACCGCAAGAUUAACGUGCUGCAGCGCAAGAUCGAGAAUCUGGAAGAUCUGCUGAAGGAGAAGGACAAUCAGGUCGACAUGGCCAGGGCCAGGCUGACGGCGAUGCAGGCGCAUCAUUGCAGCAGCGAGGGUGCCCUUAGCAGCCUCGAGGAGGCAAUCGGGGAUAAAGAAAAGCAAAUGGCACAACUACGCGAGCAGAGGGACAGGGCCGAGCAGGAGAAGCAGGAGGAGAGGGAAUUGCACGAGAGGGAGAUCGCCGAGUACAAAAUGAAGAUACACGCCUUGGAGUCCGAGGUCGAGAAGCUGGGCGCGCGUCUCGAGCGAGCGCAGGCGGAGAAGGACCGACUGGAGGCGAAGCUCGAGAGCUCGCAGUCUGAGCUCGGCAAGAGCAAGGCCGAGCUGGACAAGGCCGCGUCCGAGGUCGGACGCAGCGGCGCCGACUGGGAGGCCGCGAAGCAGCGGCUGACCAGGCUGGAGCUGGAGAACGAGAGGUUGAGACACGACAUCGAGAGGUCGUCCACGUACGGUAGAAGCACCCUGAACUCGUCCCAGGAGAUGGAGCGGAUCCAAGAGCGAGCUGAGAAAGCGGCUGCCGAUCUGAGGAGGGCCCAGGCCGAGCUGAGGGUCACACAGGCGGAUAACGAAAGGGCGCGCGCUGAGGCCGCGUCCCUUCAGGAGAAGGUGGAGAAGAGUCAGGGCGAGGUGUACAGGCUCAAAGCCCGACUGGAGAAUGCUCAAACCGAACAGGAGAGCCUGCGAGAAGAGUACGAUCGGGCACAGGCGUCCGUGGCUCGUCUUCACUCCGAGAGGGACAAAGCGAUCGGCGAAUUCGAGAAGUCGCAAGAGGAACUCGAGCGCACGCAGGCCACCCUCGGCAAGGCGCAACUUCAGCAAGACAAACUGCAGAAUCUGCUGGACAAGACGCAGAGCGAGGUCGACAAGCUGCAGGAAAAGCUCGAUAAAACGCAGACCGAAGUUCGUAGAAUGCAAAUGGAAAGGGAGAAGCAGAAUUACGACUUCGAUAAUCUGCAAAGCCAGCUCGACAAGGCGUUAGGACAGUCGACGAGGAUGCAGAAGGAGCGCGAGACGAUUCAGCUGGAGGUCGAUCGGCUGCAGGACAAGUACGAGAAGGCGCAAAUCAUAGUGCAACGACUGCAGAAGGAGCGGGACAGCUUCCAGGAGGAGAUGGAGAAGAUGCAUGAGAGGUUGGAGCUGCAGCAGAAUCAGAUUGGCAAGCUGCAGCGCGACAAGGAGAACGUUCUGUCGGAAAUCGAGAUGGUGAAGGAGAGAUGGGAGAAAGCGCACAACACUCAUCAAAAAUUGACGCUCGAGCGAGAUGACGCUCUGACUGAAAUCCAAAUCCUGAAGGAGAAACUGGAGAAGUCUCAAUAUGCCAUGAACAAGGCUCACGAGGAGCGGGAGAACACCACCAAGGAAUUCGAGAAGAUGCUGGAGAAAUACGAUAGGGCGCAGAGUGAGGUGUACCGUCUGCAGAACCGCAUCGACGUGAUGGAGGCGGACAAGGACCGGCUCGAGCUGGAGGCGGAAAAACAGCAGAUGCUGGCGGCCAAGUCGCGCGAGGAAUCACGCAAGGCCCAGGAGGAGCUGUCGCGCGUCCAGGAGAUGUACGAUCGCGCGACGCUGCAGCUCGGCCGCACGAAGGAGCACGAGGAGAAGUCGAAGGAGAACAUCGAUCGGCUGAGCGUCGACCUGGAGAUGGUGCGCGAGCGCUACGAGAAGUCGCAGAUCGAGCUGCGCCGUCUGCAGAACGAGCGCGAGAAGUUGACCGGCGAUAACGAGCGCUUCAGCUUCGAGCUGGAGCGCGCGCACUCGCAGCUGAACAAGGCGCAGGCGGCUACCGAGAAGACGCAGGAGGAGCUCACCCGGAUGCAGCUGGAGAUCGAGAAGAUGUACGAGAAGCACGACCGUCAGCAGGCCGAGGUGAGGAAGGCGCAGGCGGAGGCGGAGAGGCUGCGCACCGAGGCGGAGAGCGCGCGCGAGGAAGUCGAGAGGUACGCGACCCGCUUUGGCAAGUAUCAGGAGAGUCAGGAGCGGCACAAGGAGGAGCACGAGUGGGCGAAGCUGGAGGUGGAGCGGCUGCGGGACCGACUGGAGAAGGCCCUGGCUGAGCUCGAGCGCGCGCGGAAGGCCGAGCAGGACGCCUCGAGGCUGCGCGCCGAUCUGGAGCGUGCGGAGGGCGUGCGAGGUAAAUACCAGUACGAGCAGGAGAAGUGGCAGAGCGAGGGUAGUAGGCUACAGCAGGAGGUGGAGAAGCUUCGCGAGCGGCUCGACGGCCGCGAGUCCGAGCUCAAGAGGACGCAGUCGAGCCACGCCGAGCUCGAGGCGAAGCUGCACGAGGCGCAGCUUCAGCUCGAGCGGGCGCGCGAGGAGACCGGCAAGGUGACCGCGGCGCAGGAGCGCAAUCGCUCGGAGAUCGAGCGCGCGCGGAUCGAGGCCGAGAAGAUCCGGGACCGGCACGACAAGGUGAAGGCGCGGGGGGAGGCCCUCGAGGCCGACAACGAGAAGCUGCGCGUCGAGAUCGUGCGGCUGGAGCGGCUGAUGCAGACCGAGGGUAAGACCAGGUCGGAGAGCGCGAGCAUCGAGGUGGAGCGUCUGCGUGCCAGCCUGGACAAGGCGAUCGUGGCGCGCGAUCAGGUCGAGCUCGAGGCCGGCAGGCUCGCCAAGGAGCUCGAGAAGACGCACCUGCAGACUGCCAAGUAUCAGGAGACUGCGGAGGCCACGAAGAAGGAGCUCGAGCGAUUCACCGCGGACUUGCAGAUCCUGCGCGAGGAGCGCGACACGCUGCGCCAAGAGCUACGCCGCACGCAGCAGCAGCAGCAGCAACAGAUCGCCGGCGGCGAGGAGCUCGCGCGGAUGCAGUACGAGCUGCAGCUGGCGCAGCGCGAGCGCGACAAGAUGGCGGCCAUCUUGGAGAACCGGGAGAAGCAUUCGGAGAAGGUCGAGAAGAUGAAGGAGAAGCUGGAGGCGGACGCGAAGCAGCUGCAGGUCGAGCGCGACCAGCUGGUCAUACAGCUGGAGAAGUCGCAGGAGAUGCUGCUGAACUUCCAGCAGGAGCUGAGCGCGAACGAGGCUGAGCUCGAGCGCCAGCGCGAGGAGGCCCGCAGGCUUCAGCAACGGGCUCACGCGCAGACGCCCGAUCGCGCGGCCAAGGAGGCGCUCGACGCUCAGAUGCGCGAGGUGCAGCGGCUCAGCCAGCAGGUGCAGAGUCUGCAGCAAACGCAGCAGAAGGAGCGGCAGCGCGCCGAGCAGGCGGAGAAGCGGGUGCAGGAGCUGCAGAAGCAGCUGUCGUCGCGCGGCGCCGAGACCGCGUCCGAAGCGCAGCUCGAGCAGUGGCGGAAGCUCUGCGAGACCGAACGACAGCGCGCCGACACGGCUGAACGCGAGGCCGGCGAGUUGCAGAAGCGGAUACAGGCGACCGAGCGGCAGCUACACGCCCAGCAACAACAGAUCCAGCAGAUGCAGGUCACCAUACAGCAGCAGCAGCAGCAGCAGCCGCCGCCGCCGCAGCCCAUGCAGAACGGCCAGGAGGUCGGCAGGCUGAGAAAGGAGCUGGAACGUGCGCGCGAGGAGAUUAAGCAGGCGACCGUGGAACGCGAGCGGUUCCAGGCGCAGCUCGAGAUGCUGUGCCAGGAACUCGAGAAAAAUCAGGUGGACUUGCACGAAGCCAACAAGAAACUACAAGCUGGAGCAGCCAAGGCUGGCGCAGAUACUACACAGGAGCGGAAACAGCUGGAGGAGCAACGCCGACAACUGGACGAACAGAGAAGGCAGAUGGACGAGCGCGCGAAGUCCGUCGAUCAGAAAGCUAGGACAAUGGAGGAGAAGGAGAGGACGCUUCAGAAUCUCGACCAAGACCUGAAAAAGAGAAAAGCGCGGAUGGACCAGCUGGAGCAGCAGCUGCAGAAGAGUGGCGGAGCGCCCGACAAGAGGCUGGCAGAGAUGCAAAGGGCGCUCGAUGUUGCCGAGAAAGAGCUGGAGAAGGCGAAAGAAGAAUCGGGCAGGAGCGCCGCCGAGACCGAGAGGUUGCUGAAGCUCGUGCAGAUGACCCAGGAGGAGCAGAACUCCAAGGAGAAACAGAUCAGAGAUCUUCAGGAGGCACUAAAAACCGCACAAGCCAAGUUGAAACAAGCUACAACUGCACAGCAAGAGGACUUUCCGUUCCGCGAGGAAAGAAACGCGAGGAACGCGUGGACGAAUGGGGGAGUGACGUGAGGUACUGACACUGAGGGACAAAGUAUCACAGAUCGAAUUUCUUGUUGACAUAUUAGAUUCUCUACUAACUUAAAUAUUAUGGUAGUAAUGGUAUUACUCGAUCACACACUUCACGAGAUCCUUUCAAUACAAUCGAUGUCGUAGACUAUGUCGUUCGCGUCGGAGGAGAGAGCGAGCAGCUCGGGGUUGGGGAAACGGGGUUACGAAAGGGAGAGGACGCGAUUGGACUUCGCGACAGAUCGCGCCUAAGUCAUUAGAGUUGUAUAAUUGUAAGAGCGGUAGCCGUAAUUAUCAGCACUUGUUACACUCUAGGCCGAGGUUCUUCUGCUCGGCAAUUAACCGUCGCUUAACCUUCGUCUUACGAUUCAGGCAUUCGUAUCGAAUUCGUUGACUGAAUUUCCCCCCUACCCGCGUCGACAUCAAUUACCACGUCUGUAAAUAAAUGAGACACACACACACACACAUACGCA